CUCCCCCUCCUCGGCGGCCGCGGCGGCGGCAGAGGCGGCAGCGCUCGCCAUUGCCGCUGGUGGCAGGAGGCUGCGAGGAGCCGGCGCGGUCGCAGUCUCCACGGCGCAGGCCCACGGUAGCGCAGCCGCUCUGAGGUGGAAUAAUAUGUGGUCUGUGUGUACCAUGUUUUGUUUCCCAUUCACCCAUUGAUGGACACUUGGAUAGCUUCCACCUUCUGGCUAUUGUGAAUAAUGCUACUAUGAACAUGGGAGUACACAUAUCUCUUUGAGGCCCUGCUUUCAAUUCUUCUGGCAGUAGAUCUUCAUGGAGGAACACGGAGUGACGCAAACUGAACACAUGGCUACCAUAGAAGCCCAUGCAGUAGCCCAGCAAGUACAGCAGGUCCACGUGGCCACUUAUACUGAGCACAGCAUGCUAAGUGCUGAUGAAGACUCCCCAUCUUCCCCAGAGGACACGUCUUAUGAUGACUCAGAUAUACUCAACUCCACGGCAGCUGAUGAGGUAACUGCCCAUCUGGCUGCUGCAGGUCCUGUGGGAAUGGCUGCUGCAGCUGCUGUGGCCACAGGGAAGAAACGAAAACGGCCUCAUGUGUUUGAGUCUAAUCCUUCUAUCCGAAAGAGACAGCAAACACGUUUACUUCGGAAGCUCAGAGCCACAUUAGAUGAAUAUACUACUCGAGUGGGACAGCAAGCCAUUGUUCUCUGCAUCUCGCCCUCCAAACCCAACCCGGUCUUUAAGGUGUUUGGCGCAGCACCUCUGGAGAAUGUGGUGCGAAAGUACAAGAGCAUGAUCCUGGAAGACCUGGAGUCUGCUCUGGCAGAACACGCCCCUGCGCCACAGGAGGUUAAUUCAGAACUGCCACCUCUCACCAUCGAUGGGAUUCCAGUCUCUGUGGACAAAAUGACCCAGGCCCAGCUCCGGGCAUUUAUCCCAGAAAUGCUCAAGUACUCCACAGGUCGGGGGAAACCAGGCUGGGGGAAAGAAAGCUGCAAGCCCAUUUGGUGGCCAGAAGACAUCCCAUGGGCAAAUGUCCGCAGUGACGUCCGCACAGAAGAGCAAAAACAGAGGGUUUCAUGGACCCAGGCAUUACGGACCAUAGUUAAAAAUUGUUAUAAGCAACAUGGUCGAGAGGAUCUUUUGUAUGCUUUUGAAGAUCAGCAAACACAAACGCAGGCUACCACCACACACAGUAUAGCACAUCUUGUACCAUCACAGACCGUAGUACAGACCUUCAGCAACCCUGAUGGCACCGUCUCGCUCAUCCAAGUUGGUACAGGGGCAACAGUAGCCACAUUGGCUGAUGCUUCAGAACUGCCAACCACAGUCACUGUUGCCCAAGUGAAUUAUUCUGCUGUGGCUGAUGGAGAGGUUGAACAAAAUUGGGCCACAUUACAAGGAGGUGAAAUGACCAUCCAGACAACGCAAGCAUCAGAGGCUACCCAGGCCGUGGCAUCAUUGGCAGAGGCCGCAGUGGCAGCUUCUCAGGAGAUGCAACAGGGAGCCACUGUCACCAUGGCACUCAACAGUGAAGCUGCCGCCCAUGCUGUCGCCACACUGGCUGAGGCCACCUUACAAGGAGGGGGACAGAUAGUCCUGUCUGGGGAAACCGCAGCAGCUGUCGGAGCACUUACUGGAGUCCAAGAUGCUAAUGGCCUCUUUAUGGCAGACUAUGGAGGUUGCAAGUGGAUCCUGGCAAGAAGGCUUCAGGUGGGCCUGGUCCAGAUCCCUGUGAGCAUGUACCAGACUGUGGUAACCAGCCUUGCCCAGGGCAACGGGCCAGUGCAGGUGGCCAUGGCCCCAGUGACCACCAGGAUAUCGGACAGCACAGUCACCAUGGAUGGCCAGGCUGUGGAGGUGGUGACAUUGGAACAGUGACACGAAGCCCUGUCAUGGCAUCAUUUUCUAGUCUACUUCAAAAUUUUUUACACGUUUGCAGAGGUGCAAUCAAGUGAAUUAAGUCUCUCGACUUUGGAAGAAAAGUUUUGUUAACCUUUUUUUUUUAAAAGGAGGAAAGGCGGCAGAUUUUGGAAUCUCAUUUUUUUAAAGCACCACUCUUGAUUUUCUGGGAUUGGUGGAGUAAGAAACUGCACUGUCAAUUUCACUGUCCCUAAAAAGCCAAAUUGUGGCAGGACUUCUUUCUGAGGAAAUGUGUGUAUACUUAUGUGUGUGUAUGUGUGAGUGUGAAUAUAUGUAUAUGUGUACAUAUGGACAUGCACAUUUACAUAUAUAUAUAAAGUAUAUAUAUACAUACAUAUACAUGUAUGAAACCCGCAUGGAAUUAUCUGUAUGAAAUCAAGGUGAGCUGUGGAAACUAACCCACCCAGUUUAGUGGGUGGUAGGGUACAUGGCCAGACACAGUCACCUGGUUUUCACUUGUACCAGGGUCAUGCGUUGAGCUACUGACAAACUCAGGCAGAGGUGACCAUGUCCUUCACCAAAGCUGCCUCCCAGUGGCUGCCUAGAACUCUUUCUGCUAGACUCACCUGAGGAAAGGAGGUUCCAGGACACAGUGUGGCCCAGAAAGUGCUUACAAAGUCCAGUCACCCUGUGAUCUGUCAGCAGAGACACUCUUUAGGCUGGCCCAGGUGCUGACCUUGCCACAGGCAGGUGAACGUCCUGCAGGCUCCCAAGGAGGGACAAGAGGUCUGUCCUCAGCCUCCCAUCUCCUCCCCUUCCCAGAAAUCUUCAAUCUUCUGACUAUUAAAGAGUUGCUUUGGCUGGGUGUGGAGGUGCACACCUAUAGUCCCAGCACUUGGGAGGCAGAGGCCGGCCAGCCUGGUCUACAGAGAGACUCUGCCUCAAAAACACCAAAAAAAAAAAAAAAAAAUUGCUUUGGUGUAAGGUCAAUCCUGAAUUGGUCAUAUAUGAAUUGAACAGAAGUAUUAAGGGUCUGAGGAGUGCCUGUGAGGCGUGUGUGUGUGUGUGUGUGUGUGUGUGUGUGUGUGUGUGUGGUGGGGAAAAGAAUGGGAAGAGGUGGGGAGAGCAGGAAGGGAAGGGGGAGAGGAAACCUUCAUAAACCAGGGUAUACCAGUGGGAACCAUGUUCUCUGGCUGUCUGAGCUGGCUGUCUAGCUGUAUCUUAACAGAGGAGACUGCCAUAUAAAGGGCCUCUGGCUAGGAUGACUGACCAUCACAACAGAUGCAUCAGAAGGGAAGGGGCCAUGGUCCUGGAUUCGGCCCUGCUCCAGGAGGACUCUGCAAGACUCGUUUUCCCAAGCACAUUGGUGGUCAAGGCCAAGAACAGCUUUCCUGCUCACAGUGUGGAUUGGACUGGGCAUUCUUAGUCACUGUGAACUGCUGUGCUUUCCCGCCUACAAGCCCUGAGUCUCCAGUGGCUAAAUUCAUCGGACUUUCGACAGGUCAAAUCUCUGCUCCUUGCAUACAGGGACAACUCUCCCUCCCUCCUCCCAGGGCCCCUCACAUGUGUGAUAGUGUAUUUAAUGUGUUUUGGUUUUUUUAAUGAGACAUUAAAAGAUUCUUCAUGUCUUGCUCAGCCUUUGAGAAAAGCUUCAGGUUCUUGUAUUUGCUUGUUUUAUAUAAAACUAUCCAAUGUUC